AUGGCCGGAGUCCAUCGAUACAAGCCCAACCAGCGAUUGAGCGUUGCGUUUUCUGUGGAAUCUGAAGUCACCAUUACGCCGGAACGAUAUACGCGGUCAUUGUCGAACGACUCGCGCGCGUCUCGUCAGCAGAUUGAUACGGCGGCUAAGUCUGCGAAGCCGUCUGCGCUAGCUGGGUUUGUCGGCUUAUUUACGGGCUGUGGUGCGCUUGUUGCGCUGUCCUUGUUUCUGCCGCUGCCUGCUAGAUUUGGCGACAUUGAUGGAGUGACACCUGGUCAAGCGGUGUCAUAUAGCUUUUACGUGGUCGGCGCUGUUGCUUUGGUUGUUGCCGCGUUUGUUUUUGUUGGUCUGCGCAAUCUCAAAGGUGAGGAGGGUAAAGGGUUGAAGGUUUUGUUUGGCAUCUCUGAGCGAGACGGAUUUUCGAGAUUGGCAGCCGAGGAUGGGGAUGGGACACAACGCCGGAAGGUGAUUCCAUAUCUUCAUCUAAUGAAGGACUCGGUGCUGUUGGGGUUCACGGACUCCAGGAUAUCACUUGGAUAUAUUGGCGGCUUUGUGGCCAGAGCAUCGACAGUGGCCAUAUCGCUCUUCAUCCCACUCUACGUCAACACGUUCUUCAUCAGCAAUGGCUUCUGCCAAGGCUCGCCCAACGACCCCUCGCCAGAGUUGAAGAAGGAAUGCCGCGCAGCUUACGUACUGUCUUCGAUCCUUACCGGAGUGGCACAACUGAUGGGACUCGUUUGUGCACCACUGUUUGGCUAUCUGUCCGGACGAGCCGGCCGGGUAAACUACCCAAUUGUUGUGGCUACGGUGUUUGGCAUGGUUGGGUACUUGACCCUGCCCCAACUGUCAAGCCCAGAGUUCAAGAAUGUUGAAGAAAGGGGUGGAACGCCCUUCAUUUUCCUGGUAGUGGCGCUCAUUGGCAUCAGCCAGAUCGGCGCGAUUGUGUGCAGUUUGGGAUCGCUUGGGCAGGGAGUCAUUGCAGUUGAGCUGCCGCGGUCAGUACGACGGGAGCCAUCGAUUGCACCGGACGAGGAUGAGUCGGCGGAAUCAGAGCCACUGAUCCGCAUGUCUACCAACGAGGACUCGGCGUCACGGGUGCGGUUGAAGGGGUCUAUUGCUGGCGUAUACUCGCUGUGCGGUGGAGCAGCGAUUCUGCUGUUGACCAAGGUUGGAGGAGCACUGUUUGACUCGGUGUCGAACGGGGCACCGUUUUACAUGAUGGCGAUAUUCAAUGGAGUGUUGCUGGUAGCUAGUUUGUUCAUGGACGCCUCGCAGGCCUUUGCGAGGGUGUAG